AUGCGCAAUCCCCUGCACCAUAAGACGUUUUGUAUGGCUUCGCCUGUAUCGGAGGCCCACUGGUCCACAGUGACCAGUGGGCAGAGGCUACGCAAAAAAGGAAAUGGAGUCGCUUGUGGAUCGGUUUCCCUUGGGGCUAUCUGUCUGCUGUGCGAAUUUUCUCCCUACGGUCUCAAUGUCCUCAUGGGUGUCUGCCCUCUGCUGGGGGAGUAUUUCUUCAGAGGCGUCCUCUACAUCUUGGUGGGAUUUUUGCCCUUGGGCAUCGACACUUUGGGCCUGUGGGGAGGCAUCUUGAUGAUCAUAUCGGGAACCCUCAACAUCCUCAUCCAUGCCUUGUUGCCAGUCCACCCGUACAACUUCUACAGCCGCCCCACUUCAGACCCGGAGGACGAAGAGGAUGGGGCAUUUACCGACGAGCCGGAUGCCGAGGGGGGUGGGGCUCUGCGAUAG